UUCUCUUUCUGAAACCCCAUCAAAGAUUCGUUUUUUGUACGCGACGCCCCGACCUCGACCCCUCUCUUCUUUUCUUCUUCACUUCUUCCCUCCCUCCCUGCGCUCUCUCUCUCUCUCUCAAAUUAUAUGUAUUAAUACACACCUAAAUUAUUUAAUUUGGAUUCCUAGGUUUAUUCCCUUUUCUGAUUCUACUUGAAUCCCUUUAUUCUUCUCCCUCGGUGUCUCCGGAUCUAUCUGUUCUCCAACAGAGCCUCUCCGCUCUCUCUCUCUCUCUCUCUCUCUCGCUUCCUUUCUUCAUCGGGAAGAAGAGAUAAAAUCCGAUGAUCUGUGAGGGUCAAAAUCAGGAUCAUCAAAUGCGGAAAGGUCAAGAAUAUAUCGACGCUCUUGAAGAGGAGCGUCGCAAGAUUCAGGUGUUCCAGCGCGAACUUCCUCUUUGUCUCGAGCUCGUUACUCAAGCGAUUGAGGCCAGCAAGCAGCAGUUGUCCGGGACGACGACAGAGUACUUUCAUGGCGACCAAUCUGAAUCUUCUGAGCAGAUAUCAAGUGAAGGGCCUGUUUUGGAGGAAUUCAUGCCUAUUAAGAAGGCCGCAUCUUCUGAUAAUGAUGAUGAGCAGCAGUCUCACGAAUCGGAGAACAAUAAUAACAAAGAUUACAAGACCAAUGAACAAUCCAUGAAACCAGAUUGGCUUAGAUCUGCUCAGCUAUGGAAUCAAACCCUAGAUCCGCCCACUAACCAGAAUUCACCAAGAAAGGUUCCAGUCAUGGAAGUGAAGAGAAAUGGCGGCGGAGCUUUCCACCCUUUUAGGAAAGACAAGCCACCGCCUUGUACUCUGCCCACCACGGUGAGCUCAACCGAAGAAUCGGGUGAUUGCAGCGGCAGCGCCGGUGGUGGUGGCAAGAAAGAAGAGAAAGGACAGCCGCAGAGGAAGCCCAGAAGGUGCUGGUCACCGGAACUGCACCGACGGUUUUUGAACGCCCUUGGACAGAUUGGUGGUUCUCGUGUGGCAACUCCUAAGCAAAUCAGGGAGCUGAUGAAGGUUGAUGGGCUUACCAAUGAUGAAGUCAAAAGCCAUUUACAGAAAUACCGGCUGCAUGCAAGAAGGCCUUCCCUUUCAGUGCCCAACGGCAACCCACAAGCUCCCCAGUUUGUGGUGGUGGGAGGAAUCUGGGUUCCACCGCCGGACUACACGGCAAUGGCCGCCAUUGCCACUGCAGCUGCCGGGGAGCCGUCCCAACUGGCCCCUCCAAUCUAUGCACCGGUAGCAGCACCGCCACCACCGGCCAUCCCACGGACACCGACACUGACGCAAAAGCAAAAUCAUAAACGGUCCGAGGAACUGAAUUCUGACGAAGGGUCGAACCACAGCGACGGCGUAGCUCAUUGCCGGUCGCCGGCGACCUCAUCGUCCUCUCCGGCAUUGUAGGUUUGGUUGUAUGAAGAGUGGUGUAGAAUUUUUGUAACAAAUCCUGGAACAGGAUCAUAUUCCGUGAGUAGAAGAUGAAGCCAAGGUGUUUGGUUAAAAUGGUAACUUACAAAUUGAAAUUAAACAUCAUUAUUCUUGAAAUUAGAAGGCAUCCAAAGAGGGGAACCUGUUCAUGUUGAUGUUGGGGGGAAGAAGAACUGAAGGAAGAAGACAAAACCUUAUAUUGUAAUCUUUUGUAUAAUAAUAUAAUCAAACUCAAUGGUCCCCAUUGGAAUAUUCCAUGCAUUUCAAGCACGAGAUAUCUUAUUUAUAUGAUAAUUGUAUAAUUGUAGAGAGAGAGAGAGGA